AUGAUUGAAAUAUGCAACGCAUCCGAGAAAGCAAAAUUUGAAAGUAGUUUGGCUGAGUUGAAAAGUUAUAAGGAUAACUUUGAAUUAUUUUUUGAAAAGGAACGAGAAAUCUCUGAGCUUUACAAUAAAGAAGUAAGGGAGAAAGAAGCUGAGCACGCGGAAUUAGAACGACGAAAGCAAGAAAAGCUUCUACAAUUAAAUGAACAAAAAACCAAAGAAGUCAUCGCUAUUGAAAACGAGUGUGACGCGAUAGAACGUGAAUGUUCUAUUUUGACGAAAAGGAAUAAGGCCAUAAUGUUAAAAAUUCGACGUAAGCUUAUAGAAGCAGAGGAAACACGAAGAAACCUUUCGAAAAAAACA